AUGGAUUUACGCAGCGCUAUGACACAUGCAGACGCCCAAAGAUUAAAGAAGGGUGAAGUAAACCUUGGUACAUCGAUUAUGGCAGUUGAAUUUGAAGGUGGAGUUGUCAUCGGUGCUGAUUCAAGGACUACGAUGGGCAGUUAUAUCGCUAACAGAGUCACCGAUAAACUGACUCACAUUCAUGAUCGCAUUUAUUGCUGUAGAUCUGGUUCAGCUGCUGAUACUCAAGCGGUGGCUGAUAUCGUUGCAUAUCACUUAUCCAUGUUCUCGGUUCAACAAGGUGAAAGACCAAAUACACACACCGCUGCUGCAUUAUUCAAUCAACUCUGUUACGGCAAUAAGGAUAGGUUAUCUGCUGGUAUCAUUGUUGCUGGUUAUGACAAGGAAAAUGGCGGUAGCGUCUACAAUAUACCCCUCGGUGGUGGUAUGUUUAAGCAACCAUGGGCAAUCGGUGGUAGUGGCUCUACUUACGUUUACGGUUAUUGUGAUGCAACCUACAAAGAUGGAAUGAACAAAGAUGAAACUGUUCAUUUCGUUAAGAACACUCUCGCUCUCGCCAUGUCUAGAGAUGGUAGCUCUGGUGGGACUAUUAGAAUGUGUGUCAUUACUGAUGAUGGUGUACAACGCCUAUUCGUACCUGGAAAUGAAUUACCUCAAUUCUGGGAACCUCAAGUAAAUGUAAACAAACCGGCUCAUCAACUAGCCAUGGAAGCUGAAGGUGAUAUUAUGGUUCAUUAA